AUGAUAUUUGAGAUGAAGGGGAAUAGUGUGAAUAUUCCGCAUACAGUGUUCUUCACUGGUCUCAAUCUGAUUGCCAACAUGAUUUUUAGUAGAAGCAUGUUGGAUCCCAACCAUAAAGAGUCCAUGGAUUUCAUGGAGGCCUUCACUACUGCACUCAUGCUUGGCGGUAAACCCAAUCUGGACGACUCCUUUCCAUUUCUGGCCUUCAUGGAUCCUCAGGGGGUGCAAAGUCAGCUGACAAAGUGUUACAAGACAGUUUAUCGAUUUAUAGAUUCAUUCAUCAAGAAUCAGUUAGAGGGGAAAGAGAGACAAAAAGGAUUUUCUGGGUGUGCUGCUCGAGAACUGUUAGUGGCUGGUAGUGACACAACAUCUACAGCAAUAGAAUGGAUUAUGACAGAACUCAUUCGCCAUCCCAAUGUACUGAAGCGAGCCCGAGAAGAAUUGGAAGAAAAGGGUCCAACACGAACAACGACACCACAAGUGGAUGACUUGGAAGAGCGUUGUUCUAAACAUAUUGACAUUCAUGCUCAUUUUGUUCGCCAUGUGGUGGAAGAGGGUAAGUUAAAAGUUGCAAAAAUUGACAAUAAGGUCAAUCUGGUAGAUAUUUUAACCAAGGUUGUUCCCAAAGAGAAGUUCGAAUGUGCUAGGACUUCUCUUGGUCUUGUUAAACUAAAGUAA